GGCUAAGGUCGUUUGCAAGGGGUAGGUCAGGAUAUGAUUUAAGGAUGAUUUAUAAUGAAAACUUGCAGAGGACGCAGAUGGAGGGAAUAGUGAUAUCUCUAAGCAGCAGCAGUGAGGAGGAAGGGGAGGAGGAGGAGGAGGAAGACAUAGCUUUGAUCACUGGAGGAAAUGAGGAUGAUGAUGAGGAGAAGACCGAAGAGAAUGAAGGUGAUGUUCAGAGCGAGCAACAGAUGUGCACAGAGACUGUGAUUGAAAGGAGGCGUUCCAACGGCACUCCUCAGAGAGAUGCAGAUCACCAUCGAAGAAGAUCAAGGACAUAUGUCGAGAGAGGAGGGGGAGAUAAUGCAGGUUGUGGUCAUUUGGAUGAGGGAGGUGAUAAUUGGGAGGUACUAAGAAGGAUUGGGAAGAAGAGGAGGGUGGUGAUGGAACAGCAGGACGAUGACCACGUGUCAAUGGAUAGAUUAGGGGAUGGCCACGUGUCAAUUGAUAGAUCACGGGACGGCCACGUGUCAAUGGAUAGAUCGAGGAAAUCAGAUAUCUGGAGCACUCGCAUGGGGACUCCAAUCAUUAAUAAAGCAGCAGGGAGGGAUACCUUUCGCAAGCUGCUAAGCGAACAUGAAGUGAUGGAGGAGGAAGAGGGAGCAGAGGGAGGAUUAGUGACCAAGAAAAGACAUAGUUUUAUGUGCAAAAAAGACGGCUGCAAUCGAGGGACAGGAAGCCAAUCAAUGGUAGAGGAUGAAGGGGUUCCUUUGAGGGGACCUUCUGCGGAAACAGCUAAGCAGCGGGCGGAGAUUUACCCAAAGACAUACAGACAAUGUGAUGGGAAUGUCACAGGGGGAAGAAGGGCAGAGAGGGACUCGAUGGAGUGUUCAAGGCUUUCAAACACGUGGGAGGAGGAGGAGGAGGAGGAGGAGGAGGAGAUACAGGAUACCCAGGGCAACGGGGGGACGGGGAUGCAAAGAAAAAUGAUGACGUCAUCAGAUAGGUUGCGGAUGGGGUGGGCGAAGGGGCGAGCGGCGGGUGAGCAGCAGGCAGCGCGGGGAGGAGAGCAGAGAGAUGAGAGAGUGGUGGUGGUGGGGACCACCACCACCACCAGUCGACGCGGUGUUCGGGGGGAGGGGGUUGUGGCUUCGGCUAGCGGCGGCAGCAGAGAGGCGGCGGGGGGACCACCAUCCCAGCAGCAAAACUUCGGCGGCAGGAGUACAUCCAUGAUGACGUCAUCAGAGGACCAAGUUUCCCGCGCUCCGAUUUUGGCGGGAAAUCGGACGCCGACCAAUCGUCCUCCUCCUGCUGGUGCUGAUGGUCGUGCUUGGAUGGAUCCAAACCCCCCGACGGUUCUUGUUGGACAACCUCGUCGUCCUUGUCCAACCUUAUCCGUUCACGACAAGCCACGACGACAAGAUCAAGAACCUUCAAAGAAGUAUCCCGACAAGUUCCACAAGAAGCAGCAGCACCAACCUUAUCCAGCCUCCUCCACUCCCUAUAACAGGCAAUCAGCUCAAUCAUCAACCCAAUCAGCUCAUCACCAAUCUACUGCUGCCGCCGCUAAAACGGAUCACUUUUGUAGGGAAUUUUGGCACGCGGGAGACUACGAAGUAAUCAAACGUCCGGACCAAGAUAGUCGAUCUCAAUCCAUGGGAAUCGGCCAUGUAAGGGUUCAUCCCAAGUUCCUCCACUCAAAUGCCACCAGCCACAAGUGGGCUCUUGGCGCCUUAGCUGAGUUGCUGGACAAUGCGGUGGAUGAGGUUGUGAAUGGCGCCACUUUUGUUGUUUUGGAUAAGGUGAUUAAUCCAAUGGACGGGAGUUCUAUGCUGCUGAUCGAGGACGAUGGGGGGGGGAUGGGACCGGACAAACUGCGGCAGUGCAUGUCCUUAGGGUACUCGGCAAAAUCUAAAUCCUCCAACAUGAUUGGUCAAUAUGGAAACGGGUUCAAGACAAGCACCAUGAGGCUGGGCGCAGAUGUAAUCGUCUUUUCCAAUUGUAUGAAUGCCCCAGGGGGUCCCCUAACUCAAAGCAUUGGCUUGUUAUCGUACACUUUCUUGAGAAGAGAAGGUCUGGAGGACAUCAUCGUGCCAAUGAUCGACUUCAUAAUCGAGCCGGACGGAGAGAAGAGGCGGUUGAUCCGUACGACAGAGGAAGAUUGGGAGAACAAUCUGAGAACGAUCACUGCUUGGUCACCGUACAACAGUCUCGAGGUGCUGAACAUGCAAGUGGAAGGAAUGGGUCCUCAGGGGACCAAAGUAGUGAUCUUCAAUCUGUGGUACAAUGAUGAGGGGCUCCUGGAGCUGGACUUCGACGCGGAUGCCUACGAUAUCCAGAUCAGAGGGGCCAAUCGGGACGAGAAACAGAAUCAACUGGCUGCUAAGUACCCAGGCUCCCGAGCUUACCUGAGCUACCGCUACUCUCUGCGGUGUUAUGCGUCUAUGUUGUACUUGAGGAAGAUCAAUAAUUUCAGGAUAGUGCUCAGAGGGAGAGAGGUUCUCCACCAUAGUGUGGUGGACGAUCUCAUCCACACCCAGGAGAGGAUAUACAGGCCGCAGGUGAGCGGCAAUCACAGCAAUUGGAAGUCUGACAAGUCAGACAUGACCGUUGUCACCACGGUAGGCUUCGUUAAAGAUGCACCGCAUGUGGACGUUUCAGGGUUCAGCGUGUAUCAUAAGAACCGAUUGAUCAAACCGUUCUGGAAGGUGUGGGCAGUGGCCAACAGUGGAGGGAGAGGGGUGAUAGGAGUGCUGGAGGCCAACUUCGUCGAGCCAGCGCACGAUAAGCAGGGAUUUGAAAGGACGUUGAUUCUGCAGAGAUUGGAGGCCAAACUGAUUGAAAUACAGAAGCAGUACUGGAAACAGAAUCGGGAGAAAGUAGGGUAUCAGCCGAAGUUGAAGAAUGGGGGGGGAGGGGGAGGGGGAGGUGACGGAGUGAUAGUCUCUCCUACCCUGUCUCCUUCUCCUCCUCCUCCUCCUCCCGCUGCUGCUGCUGCUGCUGCUCAGACUGGUGGAGGUGGAGAGGGGGAUGCCUUGGGUGCGAAAUCGAAAGAAGCUGUAUGGGUGGGUGGGAUGUCCUCAAGGACCUCCUCUCCUACUCCUCCUGCAGUGGGCCGUGUGGGUGAUGGGUGUAUAGACGACAAGUCGAAGAAGCAGCGCCGAGUUGGGAUUGGGAUGACGUCAUCGCAAGUCUCUCCGGGGAGAUCUGCGGCUUUGUGGGUAGGGAAGGAGAGAAGAGGAGGUGGUGUCGAGAGUGAUGGGCAUACUACUACUCCCUCUUCUUCUCCCGACAUUAAGCCGUGCGCUAUUGGGGUAACCCGCAAGCCUAACUCUCCUGUGUCCAGAAGCGGAGGAUCUUGGAAGCAAGGAGUAGGAGUAGGAGGAGGAGGAGGAGGAGGAGAGAACGAAGGAGGAGCAAGAGGAGUAGGAGGGAGAAGAACAGGAGGAGGAGGGAGAGGGGGAGAGAAAGAUAGGGAGGGAGCGAGGGGAAAGCUUGAGGCUUUGGCUGAUCUUGCCGCUGACCAGGCGUUGCGCGAAGAGAAGGAAGUGGAUAUUGCGAAGCCGAGAGCGGGUGUGAGGGUGGAGGAAAGAGAGAAGGUCAGAACCCCUGCCUUCCAGCCUGCACUUAAGGACGGUGGGAAUGGGAGGGUAGAUGGUUGCUCACGAGGAGCCAGACUGGUAGCAGAUUCUGCCCCUUACGACGGGGGAGGAAGGAAGAAGGGGAGAGAGAGAGGAUUGGCGGAUGGAGAAGACCUAGAGACAGGUCCUCUCGAAGAGCUUGGGCUGCAGGUCACCAGGCGUGCUAUUGCGAGAGGAGAGAAGGGGAAAGAGGAGGAGGGAGGUAGGGAUGGUGCAGUUCCUGAUGCCUCCGAGCGUGUGGACAUGGAAGUGUACGACCGACUUGUCGGGGAGAACAAGCAGCUUACAGAGCGCUACAAGAGGUUGCUGGAGACACGUGGCAAGCAUAUAGCGAUUGAGAACCGGGUGGAAGCUCUGGAGAGCGAACUAGCGGCGGCUAAGAAGAAACUAGAGGAUAGAAUUAGGGAGAGAGAGAAGGAGAAGAGGAACCUGCUGACACAGACACAGCUGCGACAGAGGGAAGUCUCGAUACUUCAGCUCGAGCUGAAGGAAGCUCUCUCUCGAUUACGCCAAUUAGACUCCAGGAGGAAGAGCCCCAGUGACGACCGUCUGCGUUGGCACAGCGGUCACGUGGCAGCACAAAGGAGUGCAGGUCUCGUGCUUGGACGGAAGGGGCGUAAUGACCUCCUGAAGCAGGAUCAGGCAGAGCACCAGCCCCGUUCAGACUCUGUACGGAUGGAUGAGCUCUCAUUUCAGCGUCAGAUAGCGCCGCAUCAUCGCCUCAGGUCCACUGUAUCCACAGGCAGAAGAAGAAGAAGCAAUACAGCCGAGCAGAAUUUGACCGGAACCUGGGCUUAUGGCGGAAGAGCUCAUUAUGGCGGAAGAGCUCAUUGGGGAGAGCCUGCGAAGGAGAAGAGAGCACGAGAGAGGUUCGCCUCCAGGGUGAUGAUGAGGAUACUAACAGGCGGAUCCCCUGGCAGGCCUGAGUCGUAUUUUGGUGACGAGGGAACUGCAUAGGAGAAAGAAGUAUUAGAGAGAAAGGGGAGAGAAGAGAAGUGAGAUGGCCUCCCAGAUGAGGACAGUGCAACUGGCAGCGUUCCCGCUCUCACGUUGUCGAGCCUCGCUGCACUACGCACCGAACGUGCAAAAUGGGAGGGAAGAGAAAUGAGGUGGCCUCCCAGAUCAGGAUGGUGCAACUGGCAGCGUUCACGCUCUCACGUUGUCGACACUGUGAGCCUCGCUGCACUACUCACCGAAUGUGCGAAAUUGCGAGUGUCU